GCCCUUUUGACAUGUUGCUCUAGAAUUGAUUGUUUACUUAGGUUUGUUUUUAAUUGCAAUCCAUCUCAAUAAUGACUAAAGAGAAGCGUAAAAUCGACGAUGAAGUGGGCAGACAAGCAAUGGGAAGGAAAUUUGCUGCUGGAAGCAACGAUCCGAGCGGACCAAUCAUCCGUAAAGGAACAUUGAUGUCGUUUAUCAAUAGGAAGUUUAUCGAAAUUCCCAACAAGGAUGCAUUUGGUCGUUGUCGAUAUGUUUCAGUGUUCCAAAAAUGCAACCGAGUUGGUGAAGGAACAUACGGGAUAGUGUUUCGCGCUAAAGAUACACAAACCAAUGAAAUAGUUGCCCUUAAGAAGGUCAGGAUUGACCAGGAAAUCUUCAAGGAUGGAUUUCCUAUCAGCGGCUUGAGGGAGAUACAAAUUUUGAAAAACUGCGAUCACGACAAUAUCGUGAAGCUAAAGGAGGUAGUCGUCGGAAACAGUAUGGAAAGCAUUUUCCUAGUCAUGGAGUUUUGUGAACAAGAUCUUGCUUCUCUGUUGGACAACAUGGAAAAACCAUUUUCGGAGUCGCAAGUGAAAUGCAUUGUAAUUCAACUGCUCAAAGGAUUGAAGUAUCUUCACGCCAAUUUCAUCAUUCAUCGCGACCUCAAAGUAUCAAAUUUGCUUCUAACAGACAAAGGAUGUCUGAAAAUAGCAGAUUUCGGGUUGGCGCGCUACAUAACAGAUUCUGACAAACCAAUGACUCCCGGAUUGGUUACUCUGUGGUAUCGCUCUCCGGAAUUAUUGUUCGGGUCCAAAGUGCAAACAACCGCUGUCGACAUGUGGGCCACCGGUUGUAUCCUUGGCGAACUGUUGGCCCACAAACCUUUGAUGCCUGGGGUGAGCGAAAUUUCUCAAAUCGAACUCAUCAUAGAUUUGUUGGGAACUCCGUCGGAAUUGAUAUGGCCCGAUUUUCCGUCCUUGCCAGCUAUCCAAAAUUUCACCCUGAAGGCACAGCCGUAUAAUAACUUGAAGCCAAAAUUCCCUUGGCUUUCUUCGGCCGGCUUGCGAUUGCUCAACUUUCUGUUUAUGUACGAUCCGAACAAGCGAGCCACUGCGGAAGAGUGUCUACAGAGCAGUUACUUUAAGGAAGCCCCGCUACCCGCUGCUCCUAAACUGAUGCCAACUUUUCCGCAUCAUCGGGAUUUGAAAAAUUCUGUGAAGGAAACUUCCGAUACGCAGCCAUCAUCCAGCUCAAAAACAACGUUCGAGCAAAAUGCAUUGCCAACCAUAUCCGAUUUGCUUGGGUCACUAGUCAAGAAAAGGCGAAUUGAAUAAAUUAUUGUAAAACCA